CUCCUUAAGUCAAACUGUGCAGCAAAGAGAUAUACCGUUGGACAUUGGUCUUUAUCAAGACCUGGAGUUUUCUUUAUUGGGAGAGAAGAUGGAAAUGUUGACAUUUGGGACCUACUGGAGAAAACCCAUGAAGCAUCUCAGACCCAAAAUAUCAGCAUUGCACAUAUUACUUCUAUUAAGCCUUGGAUGUAUUCUUCAAAGCAACACUUCCUAGCAGUGGCUGAUGAUUUUGGCACCUUGCAUAUUUUAGAAAUUUCGUGGUCUUUAAUUCACCCUUCCAGCAAUGAGCGUUCCAGUGUUCUUCAUUACUUUGAGCGAGAAGUCAAACAUCUGGAGUAUUUUGAGCAGCGGCAGGAAUUCAGAAAUGAAGAAAGGGUGGCCCUUGAGUAUGAAAAGAUGAUGAAGAGAACG